AUUUUUAGUUUGAGUUUAUUUUAAUUCUGGGAAGCUUACGAAAGAUGAGGGUUACAAUAGCAAUAUUGUUAACCCUAAGUGCAUUGGCACUUGGGAAAAUUGAGCGAAUGCAAAUGCCCAGGAGAUUGUGCAGUGCUUACACAGAUAUAGGGCGGCAAUACAAAUUACCCGGAAACACAAAAACACAACAAGAAGUUCAGUCCUUGGCUCUUCGCCAGUACUUAUGGACAACUGCCGCUGAUCGUUCAAACAGCAAAAUUCCCGAGGCCACCGUCAAAUGGAUCGAGGGUCUUGACAGACAAAUUUACAACUUGGCCAAUCAACAGGGCAGAAAGAAGAGACAAGCGUCUUGGUAUCGCGGUCAGCGUAAGGAAAUCCGAAAGCUGAAUGAAAUAGAAAGAUUGCAAGUUUUCGACUGUUUGAAAACACUAAAAGCAACAACGACUGUACAGCCUAACGUUUAUGAUGCCAUAGCUGGUGUCCAUCAGGCAACAAAGGUACCUGCAUCUCGCUUCGGGUGUGGAUUCCUCGGAUUUAAUAGAAUUUUCCUGCUUAGAUUGGAAAUGGCAAUGAGACAAGUAUGCAAUCCUACAAUAACAAUUCCAUAUUGGGCAUCUACACUCGAGGAAACCCUCAAUGAUCCCACCGUAUCUGUCGUAUGGUCGCCCGAAUUCUUCGGAAACGGUUACAACUUCGUUGAGACUGGGCCAUUUGGUAACUGGACUGACGGCACAGGCAGAAGAAUAUCUCGUAAUCUAAAUCACAUAGGUGGCGUGCUAACUGAAAGUGACAUUGAACGAGUAGUCGAAAGAAAUACUCAUUACCACGACAUCUUUAUGAAUCCUAGAACAAAAGACUUUGCGAAUACUCUAGAAGGAAUAAAUUACAACGUUCACGGCUAUGUUGGAGGAACUAUGAAUAGAUUAGAUCGCGCAGCAUACGAUCCUGUUUUUAUCUUCCACUAUGCAUACAUCGACCACUUAUUUGAAAAGGCGAGAGAAAAUUUCCGCAUGAAAGGUUUUAAUCCUGCCAACGACUACCCAAAUUGUCCAGGCAUCCAUGAUUCCCAAGCUCCAAUGGCCAAUUUUACAUUCUUCCGAAACAUCGAUGGCUUGAACGAUAUUUGGACAAAUCAGUAUUUUUACUAUGACGAUGUGCCAACUUGCUCUGCUCUUAACAGAGACUGUGGAACGCCGUAUCUGACAUGCGCAAACAUCGAUGGACAAUGGAAAUGUCAGUCAACGGUUACCAAGUACGCUUUUGAUACGUCUCCAGAAGUACCGAUGGCGUCUAAUUUAUUAAACCAACAACUUCCUGGUCAACAGUUCCCAGCUCCAGUAAAUGACCCUAAUGCUGCAUUUCCCGGACUAAAUGGACCCUCAAAUCCUUUAGGAGGAAUUGUUCCAAAUCAACCAAGAGGACCACCUCAACAAAAUUUUGCUCAAAUGGGUGGUUUUGGAGGUCAGCAAACUGCAAUGAACCCAGGACAGCAAAAUUUAGAACCAAAUGUCCCUGUCCCACAGACAGUUGUUGGUCCAAGACCUCAAAUGGGACCCUCCAGUAUGAAUUCCCAGUUUAGUGCUGCCAGCAACCCACUUCCAGAGCAACCAAAUCCAGAUCCCACUCAAGGUCACACAGGAUUAAGCCAAACACACUCGAUUUCUGGUGUUCCCAACACUCUUGGAUCUGGAAUGUCUCAUUUUGGAAAUCAAAUUAUCCACUCAUUACCCGUACAAUCCAAUCCCCAACAACCGCCUUCACAAGGACAUAUGCAACUUCCACAAUCCCCUCAUGGAAAUCAGCAACAACCGGUGCAGGGAAAUGCACAUCCUCAACAUGGAAAUAUGCAAAAUGGUGUACAUUCUCCUUUUAAUCCCUUUGAGCAAGCAAACCAAAAUGUUGGUAUGGAAUUACCCGUAAUGGGUACAGUUACUGGAAUGGAACUGCCAGUUAUAGAUCCACCUUCCCCAAACCAGGUUGAUCCCCAUAUGCAUAUGAAUCCAUUUGAUCAAUUUGGUCCAAGCCCUGUUGCAUCAGGGCCUGAGCAACCACAAGUACAAAAUCCGAUGCCACAGGUAGCCACUACGGCCCCACCUGUAGCUAUAAACCCCCCACAGGUAAAACCCAUGAACACCGCAAUCGGUCCACAACCUGCUCCACCAAUGCCAAAGUCUACUCCGGUUGCUCCACAGGUGAAGCAAAAGGCGCCGUCCAUCAUAUCCAACCUCAACGUGCCGGGAAAUAACCCACAAGCACCAGGUGGCAAUUUCUUCAGUUGGAGACAAAAUCCACAUAAUUCGUUCAGCAUUAGACGACAGAGACGAAGUGUGUUUUCUGACUUGCCAACGCCAUUAAACAAUGAUUGUACAUCUUGGAUCCACGAACUAGCAUACCCAAUUCAAAACACCUACGAGAUUGACGGAGUUGCUGAUUCCUCAAAAUGGCUGUAUGUUCCAAUAGCCAUAAAAACGAUGAGAGCCCCCAACCACACAUACGAAAUUAAUGGUUAUAAAAAUGGACUCACAUCUACUUAUGAUAUUUACGACCCACGGACUUCUAAUCAAUUUCAAAGAAGACUUAAAGUUGACCAACUGCCACAGAGAACACAUUCUUCAAUCAGCGGUUCUGGUGCUUCCAAGGUUUAUCUGAAAUCAGAUGGUUUAUCAUACGAAGGUUCCUACCUUGACUACGUACUUGUCGAUAACCGUAUGCCCAUAUCGGAGUACGUAGGAUAUGUAGCAAUCAAAGACCCGAAAUUUGGACGAUCUCAAUCGUUCAUUUCUGUAUUUGACUCGCUCGGAGAAUUAUGUAAACCUAGGUGUGCAACAUCUAGAUCUAGGUCCAACCCCAAGUACCGACCCUGUUCCGGUCUCAUCGAAGCCGACACCUCAAACCCAGAAAUGGCGUACAAAAGUAUCCCCGAUGCCGUUUUGGACAUGUGGACCAUUAAAGACCCUUAUCCCCCGCGGGUCUCCAGACCUCCUUACCUUGAAUUCCUUUGUGACAACACAAACACUCUUUACUGGGACGGCUGUGAGAAUGACAGAUAUCAAUAAAACUGAUUUGUUUCUUAAUAAUUUAUUACAAAAAAAAAACAACUUUGUAAAUUGUAAAUUAAUAACCCCCUUUACAUUUCCCAGAAAAUGGUCUGGGUGUCUAUACAUUAUAAUAAUUAUUUAGGAUAUCAAUAUUUUGACAGUCUUUGUCUGUCUUGAAUUUGUUACACGAUCAGUAAUUUGGAAAAGUGGCAUAUGGUGUUUCUUCACUUUGUUGGGUUUGUAGGAACUUUGCGUUUUGUUGUUGAAGAGAAAAGUUCCGCUGCGUGUACGAUAUGGCAAUAAAUAUCCAAAACCACCA